AUGGGAUUUGCAAGCGCAAUUGAUUGCUUCAACGACGGUAACAAUGAGCUUCAAAACGCUGUUUCUCAGUUUAUAAGGGAUGGUUGCUCUGAUGACAACAAUUGCAACAAUGAAGUUGUGAAAAAGUAUGGCUGGCCCAUUGGAUCCUGGUGUGUGUACGAUUUAACCGAAAUGAACUUUGCAUUCUUGAAUGCAGCUUCAUUCAAUGAUAACAUAUCGGCAUGGGAUAUAUCCAGAAUCAAAAGCACGCAAGGAAUGUUCCAAGGUGCACAAUCAUUCAAUCAAGACUUGUCUUCGUGGGACGUUUCUUCCGUCACCAAUAUGAAAAGCAUGUUUCAGAAUGCAACCUCUUUCAAUCAGGACUUGUCGUCAUGGGAUACCUCCAAUGUCAUAGAUAUGGAUGAUUUAUUCAAGGAUGCAUAUAUAUUCAAUGAAAAUGUAUCAUCCUGGAAUGUUUCUGCCACCAUGUCAAUGGAUUCCAUGUUUCAAAGUGCGGCAUCCUUCAAUCAAGACUUGUCGGGCUGGGAUGUUACCAAUGUCACCAGUAUGCACGCCAUGUUCUGGAAUGCAUCGUCUUUCAAUCAAGACAUAUCGUUGUGGGAUGUCUCCAAUGUUACAAAUAUGGUUGGCAUGUUCUUCAAUGCCACGUCUUUUCAUCAAGACUUGAAUCGGUGGGAUGUAUCCAAUGUUCGGUUCAUGUUUGAGAUGUUCUCGGGUGCGUCAUCCUUCAAUCAGGAGGUGGCAUUGUGGGACGUUUCGUCCGUAACUUCCAUGAAUGGAAUGUUCUGGAAUGCACCAUUAUUCAACAGAGACUUGUCCCUAUGGGACGUGUCAUCGGUGCAAUUCAUGGGGCGCAUGUUUUCCAAUGCCGUUUCGUUCAAUCAAGAUUUGUCAUCCUGGGAUGUGUCUUCGGUAUCGCACAUGGAACACAUGUUUGAUGGUGCAACCUCCUUCAAUCAAGAUUUGUCAUCAUGGGAUGUCUCGAAAGUGAAAGAAGCUACUAGCGCGUUUGACGAUGCGGGAGUCGAUAGCUCUGUGGUUUGCAGAUGGAAUGAUUCUUGGAGGAAUCUCUACUGCCCAUCCAGUGCCACCACUGCCUCGACAUUUCUUCCUCUUCUUGUUGCAUUGGUGAUGGUCUGCUUCUUGUCAUGA